AUGGGCGGAGUUUAGUUGAAGAUCGAAUUCGGAUUCGGUUGGCGGGCGCGGCCAUCUUGGUGAAUUAGUGACCUGGCGAUUCGGUUUUAGUUAGUGAAAAAUCAUUUGUCAUCCACAAUGUCGGAAAGGGAAGAUAAUGUGUAUAAAGCCAAGCUAGCUGAACAGGCUGAGCGCUAUGAUGAAAUGGUGGAGGCGAUGAAGAACGUGGCAUCCCGCAACGUCUCUGACAACGAACUGACCGUCGAGGAGCGUAACCUGCUCUCAGUGGCGUACAAGAACGUGAUCGGUGCCCGCCGGGCCUCCUGGAGGAUUAUAUCCUCCAUCGAACAGAAGGAAGAAACAAAAGGCGCAGAGGACAAACUGAACAUGAUCCGCGCCUACCGCAGCCAGGUGGAGAAGGAGCUACGCGACAUCUGCUCAGACAUACUCAGCGUGCUCGACAAACACUUAAUCCCCAGCUCACAGACCGGCGAGUCCAAAGUUUUCUACUACAAAAUGAAGGGUGACUACCACCGGUACCUGGCGGAGUUUGCAACCGGCAAUGACCGUAAGGAGGCGGCCGAAAACUCCCUGGUCGCAUACAAGGCCGCCUCCGACAUUGCAAUGACGGAAUUGCCACCUACCCACCCCAUCCGCCUCGGCCUCGCUCUCAAUUUCUCAGUAUUCUACUACGAAAUCCUGAACAGUCCGGACCGCGCGUGUCGGCUGGCGAAGGCGGCGUUCGACGACGCUAUCGCCGAGCUGGACACGCUCUCCGAGGAAAGCUACAAGGACUCCACCCUCAUCAUGCAGCUGCUACGGGACAACCUCACCCUCUGGACCUCGGACAUGCAGGGCGACGGAGAAGGCGAGGCAGAACAGAAAGAGCAAGCGCAAGACGUGGAAGACCAGGACGUGUCGUAAUACCUUUUAACGUAAUAUUUAACUAUAAUAAAAAAAUAACUAUAGUAUCAUAUAAGACCCAGCCCUCAAUGACAACCGGUUGUAAAGGUAACCAUUGUAAACCGUAUAUCAGUACUCGCUGACCGCAAACAUACUCUCGCGUCUGGGACACUCUCCAACUUAUUCGUGCGUACACUGGAAAUUAUCUGUUCGUAUAUAUAUAUAUAUAUAUUUAUAUAUAUGUAUAUAUACACACAACACACACACCGACCUACCGCCUGUAUAACAUAUAAUACGAUUUCAUUUAUGUAUUGUGUCAAAUUGUCUAUGAGUAAUAUACAUUUUAAAUAUCUACUUCUUUUUAUAUAAUAUUUGUUUUCAAUGACGAAAAAUAUGGUAAUGUUUAAGAAAAAGUACUUUGGUAUUGCAUUUUAACUGUAUGUUCUUAAGGAUGUAUUUUCUUAACGAUACACUUAAUUGAUCUCUAGCGAUGUUAUCUUGGCUUGUCCGCUCCGAGUGUAGGCCGCGCGCGUCCCCGUCCCCGCCGCGGGUGCGACGCGGCGACGUCUCGUGACCGUCACGUGGCCGACACGUGACCGACACGUGGCCGUCACGUGACCGGCGCGUCACCGCGGGGGGCCGCCGCCGGCCGAGCCGUAGGUCUCUCUCGCCGACGGGGAUAUUUACUGUGUACAACGCUAAUAGACGUUUCCAUCUUUUCACCGCUACUCUUUAAGGUGGGAAUUGUAAAUUUUCUAAGUAUUUUAUACCGUGUGUAAAAUUAAAUGUAUUUACUCUGUUGAGACUUUACGAGCACCAUAGCGGCAAAUGUUUAUGAAGUAUAAUGUUUAAUUUCGGUAUACACUAGGUAUGUAAAUGUGUUAUCGUCGUGGAUGGCGUAGUUUAAUUGGUUUGUACGUGUCGCAACUCGGUGUCGACAGCGCAGUCUGCACAAACUGUCGUCCGUACGGCUCGCCGGCGACGCCGCGCAGCGCUGCACUGCAGCGGCACGCGUACCCCUGUAUCGCUGCAUCCGCUGCAGUACAGCGCGUUCAGCUGUAUCACAGCACUGCAGCGGGACGGGUACCGCUGUAUCUCUGUA